AUGACAAAAACAACAGCUCGAUGCUACAAUAUCUUCGAUAGAAAACUCAGCAAAGAAGGCACUGUAAAGGUGGUCGAGCGUCAGCUGUUCGUGGAGGGGUUCGCAGAAGAUUCUGAUACUGCUGUGCGACUGAUAGCUCCAAGAGUUGUUGUUGAAACAGCAAAGAAAUGGUUCGGCGUUCUUGAAGAAGAAAAUCACCGUGUGAUUGUACAAGAUGGUCUCGAGUACUUGAAAGAAGCUAGCAAAUGUGGGGAGAGAUCUGAUGUCAUAGCCUUGGAUGCAUGUGAUGAAGCCAUUAGAUCGCCGUGCCCUGCUAAAGUAUUUCGGGAUGUGGAAGUGAUCGAGAGGCUCAGAAAUGCUCUUACCCGUACAGGUCAAUCAUCAGGCUUUGCACAUUCUCUCAAUCGCAAAAUAAUACCAUAA